CCGGGCCGGGAGGGGGCAGCGGGACAGCGAGCGACUUUCUUUCCCUUUGGAGCCCGUCCCGUUACCCGCGGCGCGCUGUAGCCGUGCCCCCCGCAGCUCAGGGCAGCCGCAGGGUGCGGUGCCCCCCCGGCUUGUUUCCCUUUUUAAAAAAACUAAUUGUAUGUUAUUUUUAAUAUUUAUUUUAUUUUAUAUGGGUUAACCAGCCGGGUUUUUCAGCUGCGGAAAGGCUUUUUGGGCAGAAAGCGUGCCAGGAACGAAGCAAAACACUCCCAGAACUCCGACCCCGCAGGCCUGAGAGGCGCGGGCGGGGAAGGGGGGGGUCCCCAAAACAACAACCGCCCCCCUCAGCAAAACCGAGCCGGGACGGUGGGGGCGGGAGCAGCCCCGCCACCCCUGCGGGCCGCGGGGUGCCCAGGCAGUGGGUGUCACUGGUGGGGACAGGCCGCAGGGUGCCCAGGCGGUGGGUGUCACUGGUGGGGACAGGCUGCUGGGCCGGCAGCUGGCUUGGGACAGGCUGACAAAGCUCAGGGAUCGCUUUUCCCGAGAGUUUCCGCGGGACCGGCCCCUCUCCGGAUGGAUGAAACUGUCCCCCUUCACCUGUUACCUUCAGCCCCAGUGGCGGGUAGGGUUUCUGUGCCGCCGUCACUGGUGAGGCGAUGGCAGGCCCGGGUGCAGCCGGGACUUGGGGCGGUUUUCCCGUGGUUUUAAGGCCGGUGGGAGUUCUCCAUGUGCCUGAAGCUGGGGUGGUGCAUCCCUCCCUCCCCAGCGCCCUGCCAGUCCGGUCCGAGGAUCAGGCCUUGCUCCUGCCCACCGUGAGGGCUGGUCCUGCUGCGUCACCGCUGCUGGCAACCUGACCUCUGCUUUUUUCUGGUUUUCUUGGAAAAUGGUGAGAAACCUUGUUGUCUGGCUGCUGGCGCUGGGAGCUGGUGCUUAGUGGCGUUAGCAUUGUCGCUUUGUCCUGAAAUAGCACUUUUUACCUGGUGGUUCUGCCUACGGGGGGGGGGGUGUGUGUGUGACUUCCCCAUCCACUGUGCAGCCAGGUGCAGUUAGUGUCCAGCCCCCCCUGAAAUUAAUUGCAGUUAGCUGCCUGAAUUAAGAGACCUUUAAAAAUGCAGUGAAGUCUCCAGAGUCCCUUUGCAUAUUCUUACAGAUUCUGAAAGAAGCAGAUUUACUCCCACUUGUGUGUAUUGGCAGGUUUCCUGGUUUCUCUUUAGCUUCCAAUUAGCUUCUGGAGACUUAAUGAACAUGUGAAUCAGUACAUUUUUUGAAGCCUGAUAUCAUCAUAGAAAUGUAUAUGACUGCAUGCUGCGUCCCUAAGAUCAACAGAUAAGUCUUGAAAGUUCAGAACAGUUCAACUGCUGCGCUCCUGCACACAGUUACAAAAAUAACAGAUGGGUUGUGACCUGUAAUUAUUUUGUAAAAUGUUGCUUAACACACUUUUUUAGAUUUAAGGCCAAGCUUACAUGUGGCUUUUAUAGUUGUUUUUACUGGGCUGACCGACACGUGACUCAAGCCACUAAAUCUGAUGGGGGUACUGAUAUUCAGCAUCACUUUGAAUGCAAUACGGCAUCCCCUUGAGAGUAAGGAGGUGCCGAGGUCGACAGUUAAUUACUGCACGUUCCGUUUAAAACUCUAUAGAGUCUGCCUUGUUAAGCUUUUCUUUCUUUUACAUAUUUUUUAAAAUCACUCCCCAACAAGAACCGAUUGUUGGGAUGGGACAUUUAUGCCCUAAGCUAUGCGUGCCUGGUGCCCUCCCCUCUGUUAAGAUCUGUAUUGAUGGGAUGGUUUUUGCAUGUCCAGCGCUGCCGGUAGAUGCAGGGGGCGGGGAGCAGAGCUACUGGGACACCCGUUCAUGUGACGAUAAUUAGUGAUGUCCCUCUGCUGGUUGCUCAUCGUGGAGCAAAGUACCCAAAAUGGUGAAUGUGAAGCAGACUUUUGGAGUCUGAAAUGGAUCCUGGAAUUUAAUACGUGGUACCUUGCGAUACGUCACCCCGCUGGCUUUUUGCUUUUAAGGUUUUUGUUGGAAGAGGAGGAAUCCGACCUGCGAGUCGAGGCCCUGGCUUUCAGAGCCGGUAAAUAGAUACAUCUUGGGAUUUUCUGGGCAUUUAAAGCACCUGUAAGUUGGAUUUGGCUAUUUGAUUUGCUAAUACUUGCUUGUCCAACUGUCCACGCAGAACUAAUUCAGAAGGGCCAGAUGGGAGUCGGUGAAGGCCGGCAGGUGACGGGGGGCUGCCUGCUGGGGGUCGGGAGACCUUAAAAAUCGAUGUGACAGGUUUGUGAAGAAAGGGCCCAGGAAAUGCAAGGACUGUGAGUGCUUUGGGAUACUCUGUUAGCAUCAGAAAUCUGCCUUCUGUUAAACAAAAUUUACAUGCUUACAUACAUUUAAACGAUAUGUUGUAUAAUACGUAAGGAAUUCAGCAGGGAAAGGUUUAUCAAUUACCUUUAUUGCAAUUACCAUGCCUUUUUGUUUGGAUAUAGAAACUUUUUUUGGAGGAAAAAGCAAUGCCAUCUGGUUUAGGAUAACAUGAUGUGUGGGGGGUUGUAUUUGGGAGCGACUCAAGCGGUCGGGUGGGUGAGUCCAGGUGUGGGCAGAGGGACGGGGCUGGCCGGAGGGCUGGGGGGCUCAGGCUUCACUCGCCCCCUCGGCAGCUGCCGCCGCGCUGAAUAUAGCUGCUCAGCAGUGGCCGGGGCUGCCAGCCCCCGGGGAGGGGGAGGCAGCUGCGGUUCCUGCCAUGGCUUGUGCUGGCCCUUGGGGCUCCCCUGGAAACCCGGCAGCGCCCACCGCGCUUUGUUCGCCUGCACGGGCUCUGCCGUGGGAAAAUGCCACUCUCCGGAGGGGUGGGUCAUAAAACCAGAUCACCACAAAAGAGCUGACGGAGGGUGUGAGUAUCAACUUGUUUCCCACUUCCAAGUAUUGUUUGGGAAUACUUUCUUUCCUCCUUUUUUCUUUUUUUUUUUUUAAAUUUCUUUUUGCAUUUGCUGUUGCUGCUCCCUUGGCUGGCCUCCCCAGCGCUAGCCCGGCACUAGCUGGGUGAGUACUGGCAGAGCCGCUCUGCCGAUGUUCUCCGCUCUGUUUCAGGCUGGAGUUGCUGGAAGAGGCUUUGGUAUCGCUGGGGCUCCGAGGAUGCCCACCUGUGGCUGAGGGUUGGCAGCACCAUUUGUGAUGCUCUGUGGGGAGCCCACGAGAUGUCAUUUAUGUUGAGAGUAUUUCUGAGCCCUGCCGGCUUGGCGAACGCAGGCAGAGGUGCUUGACUCUGCCUGGUGUUCACAAAAUAAGGUCCUCGGUCUGCUGUAUUGGCUCUCCUUGAUUUGGCUCAUCGAUUGUCCUGUGCAGCUCCUCACUCGAGCCCAGCGUGGGCAGCAGGACCAGGGUGGUGGAGCAUCUCCAUGUGUGGAGCACCUGGGGCUCAGGCUUCGAGAACAGUAUCUCAUAUUAGAAGGUUUUGCAGCAAGAUGCAGUGAGCUUGGCUGUACAGCACGCUUGAAAAUGUGUCAUUGGUUGUGAAAUUAAUUAAUGGAAAUACUUGCUCAAAGAGUUAAUUUCAUUAAUUAAGGUGGAAACUGCAGAGCUAAGCGCCGAGUUUGGGGUUUACAACCUCCUACCUCCCCCUCUGAUUUUUUUUUUUUUAUAUGUGAUUCUCACUUCUGGGUGGCUUCCAUUGCAGGGUUUUGAGUUUGUCUCUUAAAAACUCUCAAGUCUCCACCCCAGCGGCCCUCAGGGCUCAGCCACGCUAAUAGGUGCUUUAUGUCCCAGUUAAUGAUGGCUCAUUUGGGCCCAGUAGCCUCAUGGCGCACAAACUGAGACUGGGCAUUAAUUCAGGAGACGGUUGCACCAUGCCGGCAAGGUGUAAAGCACAGGUUUGGUCUCAGUCUGGUCGGAGCUUUAAUUAGAUUUUCCCUGUGUGUCAUGUCCUCAGAACCAGCAAAUGCUGCUGGGACGAGGAAGUUUGCUCUUUCCUCUUGUCCCACUUGACGCACCGAGAUGCAGCUUUAUGGUUUGUGGGAUCUGGCCCAGAACAUGCUUAAUCUCCUUGUUAUUAGACAUACCCAGUUUCUUUACUUGGUGUGGAGGCGAGGGGGGCUGGCGAGUUGCCACUACUGUGCCCUGUGUAUUUCAGAGAGCCCGAGGCUUGUCAUCAUCUUGUGGAAGAAGUUCUGCCCCGAUGGCCGUGGAUAUGGGAAAAUCGCUUUCUGAAGCCUCCCUGAGCGGGAAGGCCGAGGGUGAUGGCAGGUGGGACUGCGCGGAGGGGGAGACGGACAGCCUGUGCUGGCUUUUAGGGACAGAAGAAGCCAAGCCCUGCUCGCAAGGGACAGAGAAGGUGGCAAUGAGCAGACGCAGUCACUUGGGCGCUGGUGUUACCCAGGGAGGCUCAAGCUACUGCCAAGAAGUGUCUUCAGCAUCCGCAUCCCGAUUUCCCAGAGCGAGAGCAAGCCUCUCGGAGGCAGGGACGUUGGUGUGCGGAGGUGCUGAUGGCGGGGAUGUGCCUCAUCGUGGUAGUCACCAGUGCCUCUCCUCAGAAGAGCAGCAGGUGAAGGCUCCGAGCCGUUGGGAGCCAGCGCCUGGCCCUCCCCGCCGGCGCAGCUCUGCCGAGGAGAGCAUCCUCGCCGGCAGCUGCCACGACGCCCUUGCCAGCCGGCAGAGCCGAAGGCCGGGAGCUCAAUCCCCAUUUUCCUCCACCCCGGAGCUCCUGCGGCCCCAGACCCCCCCCAGCCCUGAGAGCGCCCUGCGCAGCCGCUCCGCGUCGAGCUUCUCCACUCUGUCUUCAGAAGGAAACAGCCCCUCCGAAGGGCCACCCCGCCGCUGGCUGGCCGGCACGGACCUGCCUUCUCCCGCGGCCGCCCGGGACCUGUGCUGGCGGGGGGUUGCGGCAGCGGGCAGAGCACCGCGGGUGCCCAGGCCCUUCAGCCUUCUGCGCAUCAGGGAGGUGUCACCCUACCAAGCCGAUUACUGGGCAUGUGCCAUACCGGAUUCCUUACCCCCGUCUCCGGACCGCCGCUCGCCCCACUGGAACCCCAAUAAAGAGUACGAGGACUUGCUGGAUUAUGCUUAUCCACUGAAGCCAAGGGGUUUUGCUGAGGAUGUCAUGGCAGAGUCAGCUGGACCAGGCUCAUCUGCCCGCCCUGCUGCAGACGGGAGAAGCUGGCGUGCCGCAGGGAGUCCCUUCCCGAACUACAGAGGGCAGGCGAAAAGCACUAGCAGGUUUUUACCUACAACAGGAGUGCUCCCCCUGAGGAAGGAGUGGGAGGGCGAUGAAGAAUUUCUCUCCCUGCCUCCGAGACUGCGGGAGCUGGAAAGGCUGGCUCAGUUUUUGUCCAGUCUUUCCUUAAGUAUAAGGACGCCGGGGCACGACCGCCGUAACCUUCCGCGUCACAGCGAUGGCAGGCAGCCCCUUUCGCCCAAGUUGGCUCCUUUCAGAGAGGCGGGUGGCAAGGACGAAAGAGGGAAUAUUGAGGGUUAUGCUGGGCUGUGGCACCCCUGCAGCUCUCAGAAGCCCAGCUGGGAAAACACUGAAUCGUGUGGCUGGAUCCAUAGAGGUCCUCUGCCGGGGCUUCACCUGUCAACCGGCCUCAGGGAUGCGCUGGAUGGGCCGUACCUAGAUGAACCGCGGGUCAAGGGGCCUCCCAAGAAGAGCCAGCAGAGCGAGUCCCUUGCCCAGUGCGUGAAGAUGUUUUGCUGUCAGCUGGAAGAGCUCAUUCAUUGGCUGUACAAUGUGGCGGACAUCACCGACAGCUGGGUACCACCCUCGCCGGAUGCGGAGAGCGUGAAGGCAUCGCUGCAUCGCUACUUGGAGUUCAGGAAAGAUGUGGCCGACCACCAGAGCCUGACAGAGAGCGUGCUGGAGAGGGGAGAAGCUCUCCUCAGCUGCAUGGCAUCGAAUUCGCCAGCUCUGAAAGACACGCUGGGAUUGAUUGCGAAACAGUCAGAAGAGCUAGAAACCCACGCGGAGCGCUUGUACGAGUCCGUCCUAGCUGCCGUGGGUCCCGUGCAGGGCGAGGACGGGCUGGGGGACAAGGGGGUGCAGCAGACGGCUGCUCCGUGCGUGCCGCCUCGAUCAGACCUGGGCUGUGCCAGCCAGCCUCGGGACGGCUGAGAAUUGCAGCCAGCACAGAAGCACCUCUCCCUCCUCUUGCAGAGAUGCCAAAAACCCGUACGACCACUGUGUGUUCAGCGUCAGCCAGCCUGGGCUGAGUGCACCGUGGUUUGUUGUUCUUUUGAACCGUGGCUUGAGAAAGGCGAGCAGUACCGCCGUUCUUUGGCUGCUGGGAUGCCCAAGCUACUAGUGCUGGCUCCAUCGGGAUGUUCCCAGAGCAAGGACAGUACAGCUGGCCUUUUUUUUUUUGGGGGGGGGGGGGUUUGUUUUUCAGAGUAGCUUUUCUUUUUUUUUUUAUUUUUUUUUAUUGAAGUGGCCUGUUCCAUGUGUUAGCAGAACGUCUGGAACACACUGUUUUUUUUAACUGAGUAAUCCAUAGUGUGCCGUGCAACUCACUUCUAAGUAAAGCCGUGUGAUUUUAA